CUCUCCUAUAAAGAACUCCGAUGAUGAUUCAGUUUCAGUUUGGAGGUUGGGUUUGAUUUCUUCAAUUAUGCUGUGAUUGAAGCCUCAAGGGAGCAGGUUGGGGUCAGAUUGAUGUUUCAAAAACGAAGUUAGUCUUUUCGCAGGGCAAAGUCUUCUUCAUCUCAUCUUCUCAUUUAGCCUCCUCACCACUCGACGAUCUCUAUCUUUUUUUUUUUUUUCCAUCCUUUCUCUAUCCCAGCAUUACGGUGAGAGUAAUGGCAGCAACCAUCGAAGAGGAAACUGUGGUGGCUGUGAAUGGAGGAGAGGACAUUCAUGAUUCCAGGGAAAGAUUUCUACUUAGAUACUUUUUGCGAGAAUGGGAGAUUGUUAAAUCACUUGUCGAUGACAUUGUCGCAAAUGGCCGUGUCGUUGAUCCUUCUUCUGUUCACAAAAUCCGCUCAAUCUUACAUGGAUAAAUACCAGGAGCAAGGUCAACUAGUGGAACCUUACUUAGAGGCCACAGUUUCACCACUCAUGUUAAUCAUUCGCUCUAAAACACUUGAAUUAGAAGCGAAACCUGAUGAAGUUGUCGAUAUUAUCAAACCCAUUUGCACCAUUAUCUAUACUUUAGUUACUGUCUGUGGGUACAAAGCUGUUAUCAAGUUCUUUCCGCAUCAUGUAUCCGAUUUAGAACUCGCUGUGUCGCUUCUGGAGAAAUGCCAUACCAUGACUUCUGUUUCAUCCUUGAGGCAAGAAAGCACUGGUGAAAUGGAGGCUCAAUGUGUUACUCUCUUGUGGCUUUCCAUCCUUGUGUUGGUCCCGUUUGAUUUUUCUUCUGCUGAUACAAGCAUUGCAAAUUAUAAGAGCUUCUGUGGGGACGAUCUUGCUCCUCUGGUAUUGAAGAUUUUGGGUUUCUGUAAGGACUAUCUGCGCACUGCUGGCCCUAUGUGCAGGAUUUCGGGAUUGCUCCUCUCUAAGCCUUUUACGCGUCCGGAUAUGGGAAAGGCAUUUAAAAGUUUUUUUGAGUGGACACAUGAAGUUUUAUCUUUUGAGGAAGAUAAUCUUGUGAACAACUUUUGCUUGCUUGGUGUGAUGGAGGCUCUGGCAGCCAUUUUUAAGGUUUUUAUUUUAUUUUUCUGUAACCUGGAGUUAUUGCUGGUUUUGAUUACUUAAGUUUUCGUAUCUUGCAUCUGGGUUUAUAUGUCUUACUAACAUUGGCAGACUGCUAGCUGAGAAGUGUUGCUUGAAGCCCUUCCUAAUGUUUUAAAUGAUGUGAAUGUGCUAAGCAAAUCAAAUGCAGCAACUAGAAGUCCUCUGCUUCGCAAGUAUUUGAUCAAGUUAACUCAGAGGAUAGGGCUUGUUUGUCUUCCUCAUCGCUCACCUUCCUGGCGCUAUGUGAGUCAAACCGGCUCCCUUUCUGUGAAUAUUUCGACCCAAACGGUGGCGCCCCCUGAUUAUGCUGUCGUUGUCGUCUCACAACCAGAAAGUUCAGAUGACCAAGAGGAUGAAGAUAUGGAUGUUCCUGAAAUCUUAGAACAUAUAAUUGAGAUGCUACUCUCUGGUUUGAGAGACACGGUAUGUUUAGUGGGUGAGAUACUAUUGUUAGGCUAUUUACUAGAGGUGGUCACAUCUCAACUUAUACAAGUAUAUUAUUGCUAUAUGAUCAUCUGAGUAAAAUUACUCUGAUAUGCACCAGUUAACACUUAAAAUACAAAUAUAUAUUUCUUGGAUGCUAUAAAUCUUUGUAUGCGA